AAAAAAAGUAAAGUACACCAAAAGUAGAGCGAGGGAGUUGACGCUUCGUCGAUUUAAUUUAAAUUAAAAUACCUAUUUGUGAGAAAUGAUUGUGAGCAUGUUAUUUUCCACGCAACUGGUUUAGUCACCUAUCUUAUUAUUGAAGAACCGUUCUAAUUCGCCGGCAUGUUUUGUCUUAGAAAUGUCAGAGAUAAAGUAUAAGAAUCAAAUUUUGGCUGCAAUAGAUCAUUUACGUGCUCGGAAGUCGAGACCAGACAUCAAUAGGAUCUGUAAGUUCAUGAUAAAGUGCUAUAAAGUAGCUCCCAAGGAUACUAAAGCUGACCUAAAACGCUGUUUAAAGGAAAAAAGUAUAUUUAAAGUAGACUACAAAGAUAAUGUAAGCUACAGAAACGCUGCUAAGUGGCGAAAAAAGUCGAAUCUCAGUGACAACAUGGCGGCAACUAUUGCAACUAACGAGAGAAGAAUAAUAACAUCAGCAAUAGCAACACUAAUUUAUCAAGAUCAAAGUUACUUGGAAAAUGGUAUUGGAUUCGAUGACCUUAUCAAAGCAGCAGUUUCCCAAGAAACUAAAUAUACAAAGAAACAGCUGGAAGCAAUGGUUAACAAAGAACUGGCUACAGGAAGUCUGGUGAAAUUGCCUAACGGCAAUUUGGCUCUUGGCCCCGCUGAUCAUGAUGGUGAUAGUUCAGAUAGUUUUAAGUUUGAAUAUACAAUGGACUCUAACACCAAAAUGACUUCUUCUGCCAACUCAUCAUGUCGAUCGUCACCUCAACGAAUGAGAGGUCGCCCGAAAAAGAGGGGAGGAGCUAAUUCAAGCACAACAAGUAACAGCAAUACUCGUAAUGCUGGCGUGAGAGUAGGCGAGAGGCGUAAAAUGGCCAAAAAAGUAUUUGAUCCAUCUGAUAAUAAUCUGCCAAGCAAACGUAAAAGAGGGAGACCUGUUGGUUCACUCAACAAAAGUACAAUAAAAAAAAGACAGAUGGGAGGUCCUAAAAGUGACAAAGAAGGCACUCCUUUAUCUGACGGUGAAGGAGAAGUAAGCGCUGAAGAAAUUGAACUUGAAGAGCCAAUACCGCAUGAAACAUCAGGAGGUGUAUGCUCCGUUUGUCUUGUACAGAAGCCUCGUGGGUCCAGCGAUAGGCUGGUGGAGUGUCGCGACUGCAAUAAUAAAGCUCACUUGAGUUGUUUGCAAUCAGGUUCUGGCAUACUCAAACCCAGGCCUGAUAACACAUGGCAAUGCCCCCAUUGUAAAACAUGUGUUGUUUGCUGUGAAACUAAUGAUGCUGGUAUACUAACUGUAUGCAGUAUUUGUUCAGAUGCAUAUCACGCACUUUGCCACACGCCGCGCAUACCAGAACGCCAAAAAGCUUGGGACCAAUGGGAAUGCAAUAAUUGUCUAGAGUCACGGCCUACAGUAGUGGGUUCCCCAGCCAUCAUUCCUAGGUGUAUUGACUUUGAAAAGCAAAAUUCACCUACAGCUGACCCAUUCUUAAAACCACACGAAUUAGACAGGGCACCUUCUAAACUUAAAGAAGAAGUGCCAGUAGACCCAACUAUCCCAGACAUAACGAACUGGACUACUGAAGAAGUGUAUGAAUACUUUACAAAACAUUUUCCAGAGGCUGCACCAAUCUUGAAAGAACAGGAAUUUGAUGGUCAAGCCCUGAGCAUGGCGCGUCGGGCUGAUAUCGUCAGGGGUUUAGGAUUGCCAUUGGGCCCAGCCCUGGCGUUAUAUCGAAUCGUGGUCAAAUUACAAACAAGAAAAGACGAUUGGACUAUGUGCUGGGGCUAGACAAUAUUUUAUAUAUUUUAAUAAUUUUAGUGUAAUAAACUCUCAGUAUUUUUA